AUGACGUUGCUCAUAAAUACAUGGGCAGACCAAAACACACGAGAGCCAACCAAAGUGCAAAAAAUUCUGAAUGGGGCCAUUUCUAACCAGUCGCGUCACAACCGAGGCCACCAAAAUUCAAACCAAUGCUCCAUGCUCGAAUGGGUUUGGGUCUUGGGAGGCCACGUCGCACUGUUUGUGAGUUGA